AUGGACUACGUCAACCCCACGGGCUCCGGCGGCGGCGGCGCCGCGACGGCGUCCACGAGCGACAAAGCCACGAUUCUCACCGAGAGCCCGGCGGGCAAGAAGCAGGACUUCCUCGAGGCGUCGCCCUACUGGGACCAGUCCACGGUCCCCGUGAACACCUACAAGAACAAGUCGCCGUACACGACCAAGGUCGUGAGCUGCAAGCGCAUUGUCGGCCCCGAGGCGACCGGCGAAACGUGCCACAUCAUCUUCGACCACCAGGGCAAGAUGCCCUACUGGGAGGGCCAGUCCUUCGGCGUCAUCGCCGACGGCACGAACCCGAAGAACGGCAAGCCCCACACGGUGCGCCUCUACUCCAUCGCCGCGUCCCGCUACGGCGACGACAUGACGGGCCAGACGACGUCGCUCUGCGUGCGCCGCGCGACCUACUGGGACCCGGAGAUGGGCAAGGACGACCCGGCGAAGAAGGGCGUGUGCUCCAACUUCAUCUGCGACUCCAAGCCCGGCGACCCGAUCAAGAUGACGGGCCCCUCGGGCAAGGUCAUGCUCAUGCCCGAGGAGAAGGCGGACACGGACUACAUCAUGGUCGCCACGGGCACGGGCAUCGCGCCCUACCGGUCCUUCAUCCGCCGCCUCUUCACGGAGACGACGCCCGCCGGCGAGGCCUACAAGGGCACGGCCUGGCUCUUCCUCGGCGUCGCCAACAGCGACGCGCUCCUCUACGACGAGGAGUGGCAGGCGACGCUCGCCAAGUACCCGGACAACUUCAAGCUCGACUACGCGCUCAGCCGCGAGCAGACCAACACCAAGGGCGGCAAGAUGUACAUCCAGGACAAGGUCGAGGAGUACGCCGACGAGAUCUUCGACCGCCUCGGCAAGGGCGCCGUCAUGUACUUCUGCGGCCUCAAGGGCAUGAUGCCCGGCAUCCAGGACAUGCUCAAGGGCGUCUGCGACAAGAAGGGCCUCGACUACGACGAGUACAUCAAGGGCCUCAAGAAGGCGGGCCAGUGGCGCGUCGAGGUCUACUAG